AAACAAAGUCUUAGGAAACCUUGAUUUUUUUUUUAAAUUAUGGUUCUAGAUUGCAAAGUUUUUUUUUUUUUGUCUUAUGAAGUAUUUCCGGUUUGGCAUAGUAAAAAAAGAAAUCUGUGAUUGACAUAUUUGAAGAAGCAGAGAAGGUAAAACAAAGCCUGAGCCUGAUAUUGCUAAAGGGCAGAUUCAUCCAGCUGGGUUGAUACAGAGAGCUGGAGUGUCAACAGAGAGAUUUAACCUACAUCUCAGUGCUAUGCAGCUGUCAAUGUACUCCAGUGUGCAAACUGACUUCCUCGUUAAUUACCCCUUUGACUGAGCAUUUUUAGUUGAGCUCUGCAUUGGUUCAGCAACGUCUUUCUGCAAGUUCUCCAUAGUAUUCCCCACCACAGUGCACAUCUUCAUCUCUGUAGAGUCGCCUGUACCCUGGACUGAGAUUAAAACAGAUUAAUCGGGGAUUAGGUUGUGAAAUAAGAGGGGGAGGAGGGAGGGAUGUAUUGAACGAGCGUCUGGAGUGCGUCUCGCCUUCUUCUGAUGUGUCCUCCUCACACACUUUUACUCACACAAAAAAAAAACAACCUCCGAGACGUCUCUGAGUUUCGUCAUUCUACCUAAAUGCUGCACACGUUUACACCCGUGUGCGCCUGGAGCUAGCGUUAGGUUUGUUGCUGUGUGUGCGUGCGUGUGUGUGUGUGUGUGUGUAAAAAGGCAAUGCUAUGGUGAAAGCGUGCCAGCGAUGACUGAUGUGGAGGCCACUUACGAGGACUUCAUCGCUUCUCGACGAUCCGGCCGCAGGAACGCCAUCCACGAGAUCCCGGCAGGCCAGGAGGCGCAGGGGGCCGCCGACCUGUCCCAAACCCUGGCACAGCUUAACAUCAACAAAUCUGGGGACGAGGAAGUGGACGCAGAGAAAGGCCAGGACGAUUCCACGAAAGAAGAGGAGACUAAAGCUGAGGACUCUUAAAUUGAAAUGGGGACCAAGCAUGGACUCGAGGGGCCCAGAAUAAUCCCAGGACUCACCAGCUUUCAGCUCACCGUUUGUAACCAAGAGAGAAACUCAAGCAAACCCCUCUACCGCCAUCGUCCCAGCAGGACAGAGUUUUCUUGCCGCGUUUGGUGAUCAACUAUGUGAGCACCUGAAAUCAAUGUGUUUUUACAAUUCCCGGGUGUGCAGAAAGAGGAAGGCAACAGACACCAAAACGAAAAAGGCCCCCUUAGGAGGUUUUGAGGCAAGUUCUUAAGAGUUGCCACUAAGUCUAAGCAUGUUUACCUUCCCCUUGUUCUGCCUUUACUCAUUUCUCUGAAACACUCCCAUGAAAAUGUGACCAGGGCCUGAAAAUACUCACUCCUCCUCUUCGUCAUCUUCUCUUGCAAGUCCUGCACACAGGAGCCCUCCCUUAAUGUCUCCUGUCAGCUGUUCCCUUGCGCUCAAUAAUUUUCUGCAUGAUUUUUUCCCCCCCUCUGGAUCAUAGACGUAGUUUAGCUAAUUGGCUUUGUUGACUUUCUAUUUGUCCGUCUGCCUUAGGUAAUCUCAGACGCAGCUGAUUCAAAUGAUGAUUAGGUAACACACUGUUAACCCCUGGAAAGUAAAGUCUGCACCGCUUCUGAGGCAACGUGCAGGUUAGAGGUCAUGCUGUUGUUCAAAUAUUUCAGCACCUUUUCUUCAAGAUGUGCACAUGAAGUUAUGGUUUUCUGCCACGUAAAGGAUUGUGUAACGAAUCACUUAAAAAUUGAAUAUUUUGCACUAAUAGGUAAUGAAUUGAUAUUUUUAGUAUUGGUUUUGCAGUUGCGUUUGGAGGAUGAAACGCUCUGGACUAAGAUUUUUCUUACCGUCACAACUUUCGCUGUCUUGUGACGAACAAAUUUUCCUCUGAAAUCCACAUUCUUCACUGGUCUCCAUACAGUAACACACUGCCAUGUAUUAUAUUCUCAUCAUUUUUUGUAUGUUACCUUGUUUCAAAUGUAACGUGUGAUCUCGUGCAGCCCCAAGAGUAUAACGGAUAUUUGCUGCUUGGUUAUUAUUAGAAAUUGCACUACUGAGUUCCACUCAGAUCUAACCAUGCGUGGAUUAUAAUUUAUUUACUUACUUACUUUUGAUGGGAUGACUCUUGGACCUGUAUACUCUGCUCAUAAACCUUUUCAUAGUAAAACAACUUUAAUACUAUAAAGGUAUUUUUGCCUUGUAUAACUAAACCAAAAACAUGAAGAUGCACUCUCAAAAAAUGACUUUUUAAGAAGGAAAAAAAAAAAAUUCUGAUACCAUAAUACCACUGAAUGAAAGAAUUUCACAGCAUCAAUUUUACAAAGUCAUUUGUAUAAUUUGAGGUAUUAUUCAGAAUAUUUGUGGAUAAAAAAAAUUGUUUGUACUGUACAGCGACUCAGGUGUAGUUUGUUUUAAUGACCAGAACUGUUGCGACGUCGGUGACUGACAUCACCCAUGUUGAUUUUUCUAUAUUAUCGUCUUCAGGAACUCGGGCACACCACGGAAAAGGCAUUUCACUGUUCUGAAAUGUUUUCAGUUUACUUACAGCAGCUUUGACACUUUUAAGUUAUCAUGUGUGAUAUGACGACUGGAGGAGAAGCUUGUGUGUGGAGAAAUAGCAUGGUCACUGCUUCCCUCUGGUCAUCAGCGAGACCUAAUCUUCACUAAUAAAGAGCCAUGUGACACAAACUGUUUAGAGACUAUGAAUUAUGAGAUUAUGUUCACUUAUAGUUGUGCUGAAGCGUGACGAGUCAAAAAUAAAACACAUGCAACACAUGA